AUGGCUGUCCAGGGCGCCUGUACUAAUCGGGCCAGGUGUCGACUUGUUUUCGGUCAACGGCUUCGAACUCUGCUCCAGCUCGCAUAAUUGAUCGAGAGCUUGAGGUGAGGAUAUAGUGAAUGGCUAUUGGUUUCAAAAUUGACCGAAAAGCAUCUUUCGAAACGGAAAAGUGAAUUUUUGAGAUGUAAUUUCAGUUUUUGCGCCUAAAUCGUCUACUUGAAUUUUACAAAAAGCUAAAUUAGCUCUUUAGAACUCAAUUUUGAACACUGCUACAAGUUAUAACAGACCUCAAAUCAUUCUAGCGAUGCGCCCAAGAUAGAAUGCAUUUUUCCAACAAUUUUUAUGCAAGAGGGGCACAUUUUUUUCACGCUGCUUUGAAAAAAAUUGGCCAUUAGAUUUUUUUCUUAAGUUCUAUAUAAACAUAGUGAGCCCUUCUCUUUAACUAAAACAAUUAAAAAAAUUCCAGAAGAAUUGAGUUUGAAAUCUUUAAUCUUGCUCAACAAAAAGAACAUCCCCCGAAUAAAAAAAUGAAAAUUUAUGAUAUUUUUGGAAAGAAUAUUUUGAUCAUUUUUUUACCAGUCGAUAGAUUCCUCCUAGGAGAGUUUUGGCAAAAACGAAUUUCUUCGAAAAGUUUCGAACCCGGGUCAUAGACACCAAGGGCAAGAACUCUAGCCACUACACCACUCUGCCAAGUGGACUACAGGGCUCGUUUGCGCGCUAUAUUCCCUCUUGCCUUGCAGCACUUAUUCAGCAUGUAAUCUUUAAAGCUUCAUAACUCGAAAACAAGACCUGUUGGGAAAAUUUUUAUUGGUGUUCUGGAUAGAGGAAGUCUUAUAGUACCUUCCAGCAAAUUUUCAUCAAAAGUUCAAUUGGCCACCAAAAACACUUUGCAAAAAAAAAGGCCAAGUGGGCUUUUUAGAAACAUUUUCCUUUACUCAAAACUACAAAGAAGAAUGGUUUGUUUUUGAUGUUGGUGGCGAAACUAGCCGCGAUUAAUAGUGCGGAACCUGAAUGAGCGGCGGUGGGCCUCGUUUAUUUUUUUCCUCGUCUUCUUUUUUCCCCCUGUGAACACCUGUUCGUUCUUGUACAAUUUAACAGAAGGGGGGGGGGGGACCUUAUUUUGAGCUUUUCGAGAACGUUGAAAGGUGAGCUCCGGCGAAAGGGAUCCGGCCGGCCGGAAAGGUCCAGUCGGCGCGAGGACAGAAUUGACUGGAGUCCAAAAAAGCCGUCUUUUUGGGUGAAUUUAAAAAAAAAGGUCUGUCAAUUAUCCAGAAAGGGCAUUUGACAAGAAAUUUGCGAGGAAAGUCUUGAUUAAUUUUUUUAAAAUGAUUUUUCCACUUUCCUUAACGUCGAAUAAUCUAAUAGGAUGGUGCAAUGAAGAAAUAGACCACAAGAUUUCAGUUCAAACUUUUUUGAUUUACAGUAAAAACAAGCAAAGAAGACAAUAUACAGUGGGGGUCAAAAAAAAACGGGGAACUUGGGUCAGGAAAUGAUACAAAAACGUCUAAAUCUCCUGUUUUUUGCACAUUUUUGGUCGAUUUUUGUGAAAGAAAUGUGUUUCGAAAUGGUCAAUUUAAAGUUUUCAAUGGAUAUUUGGACUGCAGAAACAUAGAAAAUUUGAAUUUGAUGUCUCAAAGUGGUUCAGAAGGGAAUUUGGUCAGUGGCGUGCUUUGCUCGGAAUUUUUAGGCAUUGGCAAAGUUUUGGAGACUCUCCACGUUCAGAAAAACAAAUGCAAAAAACUCUGUAAAGUUGAAAAUUCUCGAAAUCAAAAAAUUAGCUUUUUAAAAAUAAUUUUGGGAAGAUUUAUGGCUUAAUGAAUCAUGAAAAAUCGGGUUAGAAGGUCCAGUGUAGCUUCAGAAAGGAUAAAAGUCUAGUACAUUUUAAAAAUCUUGUUCGAAAUUCCAACUAAACUCUUCUCUUUUUUUUGUUCUCUCUCGCAAAUAACCAGAUUUUUAUGUGAAUUGAAAUGAUAAGAACCCUGCGAUUUUAUUGUCCUUUUUCUUCCCUUCGUUCAAAUUGCAAUGAACCAAAAACUAUGGCGAUUCUUACAGUUCCUCAUUUUUGUCUAUAUUUCUUUCGCUGCGAAUUUUAAUUAUGGAUUUUCGACGACCUAUUUGAAUACGCCUGUUCAGCAGUUUAAAGUAAUUUUGAAUUUAUUUGAAGUUCAAGGCGUUUUUUUUCAGAUUUAUAUCAAUGAAUCGCUGGCCCGACGUGAUACGGUUAUGAACGAUUCCACGUAUAAUUUGAUUUGGAAUAUUCUUUUGAAUAUUUGGUUCGUCGGAUUUUUUGUCGGCAUUGGCUUGAGUCCGGUGCUCAACGAUCGAUAUGGAAGGAAAGGUUUGAGAAAUUCCUUCCGCGACGUUUUAGCCAUUCUGAGUGCGACCAAGAUCUUUUAAAUUGAAGUAAAAGGAAGGUUUUAAAAAAGUAGUAGUUUCUUUAGAGACGCUUUUGGAAUGGUUAAACAUGAGGUGUGUGAAAACAGGCCAAAAAAAAUGCUGUAAAAUGUGACGUGAUUCUCAGUGAAGCGUAAGUCGUUUUAUAGUCGGGUGCAAGUUUAUUUUCUUUCAGCUUUAUAUAUAAUGUGUACCACGACUUGGAAUUUCACCAAACGACAUUCCGAUGUGCCGCUGCGCGCCUUUGCGAACCUUGGUCGCGCUUUAAAUUUUUUUUUUUCUUAUUCUUCUUUCCUGGGCUCCCACAGCAAUAAUAAUCAAUGAAAAAAACAUGACCUAGAUUCGAAAGACGCCUCGCGAACGCACGCAGCGGAACAGCGGAAUGUCGUUCCGUGAAAUUUCAAGUCGUGGCACACAUUUCCAUCUCAUUAACCUUAUUUCAGUAGGAUUCCUGGCCGGUAACUUUUUGGCUUUCCUCGCUUCAGUCCUGCGAUGCGCGGCUAUUUAUUGGUGAGUGGGAAACCGCAACCAAUAUUUAAUUCAUAAAAAUAGGUACAUUCCAGAACUUCUCAUCACGGCCAGACUGAUCACUUCCGUCUGUGUCGCUGUUACCUACCAAUCUUGUAUUUUAUACCUUCAGGUCCGUAUUUCGAAGCGAUUUGUCUUUUUGAAUGGAAUAACUCUAGGAAUGCUCCCCGACGGAACUCCGAGGCUUCAUGUCGUUUUGGAGCGAGAUUUCCUUUGCUAUAAUGACCUUGAUAGCGAGUUUACUGGGAACGGAUGGAGUUUUAGGCGGCCAUUUGUUCUGGCUUCUCGCCUUUGCUGUACCUUUUUGUUCGUUUUUAUUUUUCUUCCUGUCUUUGGUCGCAUUGGGAAUGGCUGUUAGGAAGAUUUGCGAUUUUUGAGUACUGGUAUCAGAAAAAGUUGGCUAUAAAGGGGGUUACAAAAUGCGACCGCUUUUUUUUGCUCCACUGCAAAUUAAUAAAAUACGAGCGUUUCUCAAUCUUUUUCUCAAAUUUUGUAGUUCUCCCUAUUUUUCCUUUUGAAGAAAACUAUUCAUAAUAGUCAAUUCAAUUCAAUUUAUUCAGUCUUCAGAGUAAGAUGAAGAAAAUCUCUGCUGAAUCAUGGUAUAAUCGAAGAGUUAGUCGUCGGCGCGAGUGUUGUCCAAUAAGUCCCGGCGUGACAACUAGCGGGAAAUAAUGUUGGCCCGUUGGUAGUACCAGCUAAUAAACUGCUUCACCAUGUUGGAACAGUACGGCGCCCAGCUUGUCUCCAGGGCUGACGGGCGUCGGAAUGUUAUCCCAUGAGAGAGCGGCAAUGAGACCGACCAGUCGACGUGAUGAAAUGAGAUAAUAGUACUAAGAUGAAAUUAAUGAACUCAUUAUGAAAAAUUUUUUUCUUUAAUUGUUCAAAAAAAUUCAGGCUUCUCAUUAGGAGCUUUUUAAAAACGGCUUCAUGAAUCUGUAACGAACCGGAAAUGAAGUGAAGAAAAAUUGACUAAUUGACAAAUAAAUCUUGAAAAAAAUUUUUUUAAUAAAAAAAAUACUAUCAAACAAACAAAAAAGACACCACUAUAAGGAUCAAAAAGCAUCGAAAAAAUUAGAAUCUCGUUUAAUUUUAAAAAUAAUGAAAAUCAAAAAACGCCCGUAUUUUAUUAAUUUGCAGUGGAGUAAAAAGAAGCGGUCGUAUUUUAUAGCAUGCCGAAAAAGUCGGUCACUUUGAAGAAGCCAUUCUACAUGCGGCCGUCUUAUUCAUGGAAAAUAAAUUUUAACAUUUUCUAGGCUUCAUUUUCUUCAUAACCCUCUUCUUCAUCCUCGAAACCCCGAAAUUCCUUCUCAUCACUGCGAAAAAUGAAGAAGCCGCCGAAAAUUCUGUCCAUUUUUACCUUGGCAGCCACGUUGAUGCCAAGGAAGUCUUGAGGAAUAUCCAGAUGGUUUUUUUCUCUUGAGGAAUAUAAGUAAACUUCAAAACUUAGGAAGAAGACGCGGAGGAAAGCGAUAUUUCGACGAUCCAAGCCCUCAAGGACCUGUUUUUUGAGCCGCAUCUCAGGAGAGCGCACUUGCUCAGUUGCGCCACACUGCAGGUUCUUUAGAAUGGAGAACAAAGUUUAUUAGGAAGAUUGCAAAAUCCAUUCCAAUCUGGUCUGAGAAAUGUCGUUAAGAGCGCUGUUCUAGAAAAAAAAAUAAUAAGGAGGAAGUUUAGAUCUAAUCCAGGCAUGUUCCUAUUGAACCUGGAAAACUAGGCGAUGAAGGAGGUUCUAGUGAGGGUUUCAGUAGCCAUCUUUAAGUUAGUUUCCUAAAAAGUUGAACUGGACUAGGCUAGAUUUUUUGUCAAAAGCUUUAAGAAUACUGGGAUCAAGUGUGAUAGUUCAAGUCUCAAAGGGAAAUUGAUGAGAUAAAUAUCAAAAUAUUAUUAAAAAAAAAUAUUUUUUGAAGUUCCAGCUGUCAAUCUUACUCGCUUAGGAAGAUUGAUUACUCAGAAAAUUUAUGAAACAUUUUCUUAUCGAUCUUAUUUUUUGAAUGGAUCACUAAAACUUGUAAAAGCGGCCUCUGAAGGAAUUUCCCCAUAGGGGCCACUUGAACUCUUGGAAUUCAGGGAUCAGACUCCAAGCCCCUGUAGGGACCACCUGAGUUUUAUCCUUAUGUGAGGCGUUAUUUGUUCCCCCUAGGGGCUGUUUUUCCCGAACCCCUGUAGUGGCUACUCUCCUAGCCCCUAUGGUGGUUACUCUCCUAGCCCCUAUGGUGGUUACUCUCCCUAACCCCUAUGGUGGUUACUCUCCCUAGCCCCUAUGGUGGUUACUCUCCUAGCCCCCUAUGGUGGUUACUCUCCUAACCCCUAUGGUGGUUACUCUCCCUAACCCCUAUGGUGGUUACUCUCCUAGCCCCUAUGGUGGUUACUCUCCUAACCCCUAUGGUGGUUACUCUCCUAGCCCCUAUGGUGGUUACUCUCCUAGCCCCUAUGGUGGUUACUCUCCUAACCCCUAUGGUGGUUACUCUCCUAACCCCUAUGGUGGUUACUCUCCUAGCCCCUAUGGUGGUUACUCUCCUAACCCCUAUGGUGGUUACUCUCCUAGCCCCUAUGGUGGUUACUCUCCUAACCCCUAUGGUGGUUACUCUCCUAGCCCCUAUGGUGGUUACUCUCCUAGCCCCUAUGGUGGUUACUCUCCUAACCCCUAUGGUGGUUACUCUCCUAGCCCCUAUGGUGGUUACUCUCCUAACCCCUAUGGUGGUUACUCUCCUAGCCCCUAUGGUGGUUACUCUCCUAGCCCCCUAUGGUGGUUACUCUCCCUAACCCCUAUGGUGGUUACUCUCCCUAGCCCCCUAUGGUGGUUACUCUCCCUAACCCCUAUGGUGGUUACUCUCCCUAGCCCCUAUGGUGGUUACUCUCCCUAGCCCCUAUGGUGGUUACUCUCCUAACCCCUAUGGUGGUUACUCUCCUAACCCCUAUGGUGGUUACUCUCCUAACCCCUAGGGUGGUUACUCUCCUAGCCCCUAGGGUGGUUACUCUCCUAACCCCUAGGGUGGUUACUCUCCUAACCCCUAGGGUGGUUACUCUCCUAACCCCUAGGGUGGUUACUCUCCUAACCCCUAUGGUGGUUACUCUCCUAACCCCUAGGGUGGUUACUCUCCUAGCCCCUAGGGUGGUUACUCUCCUAGCCCCUAGGGUGGUUACUCUCCGAGCUCCUAUGGUGGUUACUCUCCUAGCCCCUAUAGUGGAUACUCUCCUAGCCCCUAUAGUGGCUACUCUGGCGUUCCUAAGAGAAUGAGAAACUGCCUCCAGUGAAUCUAGUUUGGUCCAGAACUUUUUGUUCGUCACUAAAAAUGGGCAUUCAAGUCAUUUUUUUUUUCCUGAAAAGGCUUGGAAAAAGUUUCUUUUCAAGACCCUACCUUUCUCAAAAAAUUUUUCAGAACACGGUGCCCCUCUGGUCAAUACUCCUCUCCUCGACCUACUUCCUAGAACAAGCCAAUCUUCAAUCGUCGAUCGCCCAGUGGAGCAGCACCGCCAUGACUUUGGCCUACGUCCUCGGAACUCUCUCCGGCUCCACGGUCAUCGAAAAAUGGGGACGUCGGCCGCUGCUUCUGAUCUUCACCUUGCUCAACAUCCUGGCCGUGGCGACGUUCGUCCUGUUCUCCCAGUUGCAGCCGGUUCUCGACCAGAUGAAGUACGGCUGCCUCGGCGCCUUGGUCGUUUAUGGCUUCACUUACGGGUGAGCUAUUCGGAAGAGGUUGAUAGAAGUUUUCAGAAAACAGGAUAGGGAAGUGCCAAUGAAAUAUGUUCAGAACCGCCGUCGGACCCAUCUCCUGGUUCAUUUCAUCGGAACUCGUCCCUCAAAAAUACCGAAGCAUCACCCAAUCCACCUCCUACGCAAUCAACACAAUCAUGGUCGUUGUCAGCACCUUCACGAUCCUCCCUCUGUACUCGGUUCUUGGAAGUUUCGCUUUCCUGCCGCUCUAUACGGUCCCAUCGGCGUUCGCCCUGUUCUACCUGUACCGGUUCUUGCCCGAGACCAAAGGGAGAGAAAUUUAUGAAAUCGUGCGGGAACUUCGAGGAGACUAA